AUGAUCAGAGGAUUAAGAUUGUUGUAGAUGAGACCAAUCUUUUACUUUGCUGCUGACAAGACUCCAGCCACAACUUAAGGCAAACAAUAAUAAGCAAAGCCAAUUCAAGUCUAUAAAGAUGGAUAAUUGAUAACUAAAAAUUAUCUCCAAUUGAAGAAGUCAUAAGAUAUUGAAGGAUAUGUUCUCACCUUGGUCAAGAAUUAUUACAGAACAACCAACAAGUUAGCUUUAACAUUAGAUUCUGAAUUAGAAUAACACGGAUUGGAUAGUUUGGAUUCUAUUGAAUUGUCUAUGCAAAUUGAAGAAGACUUGGGAUACGUCAUCUCAGCUGAAACCUUACCAGUCUUGAAUAAGGUUAGACAUUAUGUUAAUUACAUUAAAUAAGUUGAGCAAUAUAAAGUGGAAAACAAUGCUGCUCCAUUGGCAUGAUUUAUAUCAUAUGCAUAUUAAGUAUUAAUAACAAAAUAAUAAUA